UUGGGCGGUUAGGGUUUUAGACUUUUAGUAGGACGAAUAUAUUCGGCAGCAGAAAUUUUCGGCUAAAAUGUAAAUCUGAGACUGUUCAGCCUUUCUGUUUUACCUUCCUUUCUUAUUGGUAUUUCUGAAAAGAUUUCUCUGUCAACUGAUACCAAAAUCACAAGGGUAUUAUUUUCUCUUCCUUCCUUAAUUUUAUUUAACAUUUAUUCUCCUUAAACGAAGUUAGGGUUUUAGAAUGGAUUGAAUGUUGGUGCUUUCCUCUAAUUAUUGUUCAAGAACUGUUUAGAAGUUGUCUGGGGUAGCUUAAAGAUCUAAGAAAGGGUUUUGUUGGUUUGAACUGUAGUAGUUUAGGAUGGCAGAGUGGGGUGUCUUCCGGCAAGUUAAAUUCUUCGGCACUGAAGAAGAUUGCCCUGCCAAACAGUUACCUGGUGAAAUCGAGGAAGAAUAUGAUGAAGAUGAUAAAAAACAUGUGAAAACAAUGUUGAUUUCUUGCCCUGAACUACGGAAGAGAAGGCACCUUUCCUCCAGCCAACUAAGAAAAGAAAAGGCUGCAAGAUGUGGGAAACAAAGCCCAAGUAAUGGUCCCAACAAGGGCAAGCAAAACAAACAUAAAAAUUUUAUAGAUAGAUGGUCUGUUGAAAGGUAUAAUCUGGCUGAAGAAAGCAUGUUAGAGAUCAUGAAGGCUGAAGGAGCUGUGUAUGAGCAUCCAAUAUCUCGGCCUGCUCUUAGAAUGGCAGCCCGUAAACUGAUUGGUGAUACUGGACUCUUGGACCAUCUGCUGAAGCACAUUGAUGGUAAGGUAGCACCUGGAGGUACUGAUAGGUUUCGCCGUUGUUACAACACUAGUGGAGUGAUGGAGUAUUGGCUAGAGAGUGCUGACCUGGCCAACAAGCGAAAGGAGGCUGGGAUUUCCCAAUUUUGGCAGAAACCUGACGAGGCUCCCUUUCAUGCUUCUGCUAGUGCUAUAGAACUGAAACUGCUUAAGGAAGAAAUGGCAAAAAUGAAGAGGGAUUUGCAGGAGCUUGUUUACGAGCAGCAAGAGCGAGAUCAAACUAAUUCAAUUGAGGAGAUGCAGAAAGAAAUGGUGAAAUGGAAAGCGAAGACAGAUGGACGCCUGAUGGAGUUUACAAGUUCAUUAAAUGCUACGCAGAACAUGUGCAAAGAACUAAUGGCAUGGAAAGCUAGAGUUGAGCAGCAGAUACUGGAAAUUUCAAAUUCAUUGAGCAGUCUGCAGGAAUCAAAGCAAUGCAAUCUCUUUAGUCCUACAACUUCUGAAAGAUGGGAAGAUUGGUUUGAGAGCACCAACCUGGACAAUUUUCGAGGGGGUAACUUGGGACCCUGGUUAGACAAUCAAGAGCUGAUUAAUUUUGCACAGGAUGUAGUUCAAGAUUCGGAUCUGAACCCAGUAGCAUGGCAACAACCUGGUCAUAGCCCCUUUGAAGACCCCGUUUGUGCUCAAGAUCUGGAUAUGAUUAACGAAGAAAUGGAUAAAAUAAUGAGCACUGUGCAGGAGCUAGGAGCACCUAGGAGGCAAGGGGAAGAUCAAGCUAAUGUGACACCUGAUUCAUCUGUGACUUCCAAUUCAAAGACGGAUCACGAUAAUUCGUUGCUUCUGAUUCAGGAAAUGUUGAAGGAUUUGAUGAAGUGGAAAGCUAAAACUAAGCAACAGCUGACAGACAUUUCAAGUACUGUGAGCGUCCUGCUGAAAUCCAGGCAGUAAAUUAUCCUCUCUUACCACGAGUGGAGAAAUAUGUUUGAAUCCCACAAUAUGCCCUCCCCCAUCGUUUUCUUCUCUGUCUUGAGAUAAUCUUAAGUUAACAUUUAUAUAUUACAAUAUGAUUUAGAUUUUGUAUAGGACUCGCACACUUAAGCUGAAGCCCUGCAGCUGCACCUUCUGAUAUGGAUAACCUUAACCUACAGAGCGUUUAACUUAUAUUCGUGAGCUGUAAGUUGUCAAUAUCAGAGUAGAAACCUCUUUUUAAG